UUAACUCAAAACAUGCAUCUCUUAAAUCAUUUUCAAAAUCAUCAUCAUGGAUCUCUAUAGUAUUAAAAUCAGCUACAGUGUUUGCUGCUAUAGCAAUUGCAUAUGAAUCUGAUAUUUCAUUACUUUGGAUCGAAUCAUUAAAAUAG